UCUGAGAAGGGGAGAUUAGGCAAGGAUUAGAGCCCAGUGGACCAGCUGGCAGCCGAAUUCAUCCUUAAAAUAUCUCAGGAAUGCUGAUAUCCUUUCUCAUGUUGGGAAACAUGAAACCUGGUGGAGGCGCUAUUUCAUGCCACAGCUAUUAUCCAGGUUGCUAAGGUAAGAGCAGGCGCAGGGAGGACAGUAAAACAUUGUACUCCAGCAGGUUGUAGCAAGUGAGAGCAACCUGACAUCAUAGGCUAUUUAGACUGAGAAGUGCAGUUUAAAUCAAAUAAGAGGCUUACGGGUUAAAUAGGUAUAAUAUGCCGCAAAAGUGAUUAAAGUUUUUUUUUUCAGAUAUGAGACUAUUUUGAGGAGUUUUUGUGGGAAAAGGAGAAAUCGAGUCUGUUCUGCUUCACUAAACUGCAUUUUUCUUCGACUGUGUACAAAGGAGGAUCUGUCCGCUCUGCAGCAGGUAGAUAACUGCUCUCAGGUAAUGCAACACGAAACUGAAUCAUGUGACCUAUGGCGAUUUGAAGAGUAGGCGAACAGAAAAAAAAACUCCAAAAAAACUGCUUUACAUAAAACACCAACUGGUGGUGCAGUCGAUGAUGUAAUCCGAAACUUAAGGAUUCAUUCAAGUAUUUCAGCGGCACUGCAAACGUUUUUAGUCAUAGGAUGUGUUACCUGUCGUUUUCAUUGGACGUUUUCAUUAGUGGCAGUUUCAUUUCAUGACAAGGUGAGGCGGAAGCAACAUGGUUCACUCGUGAGGGAUCAACCUGCUCGAGUUUUGCCUCGAUCACCUGGAAACAGCUGGAUCAAUGAUCUUCAAGGAUGCAAUAAAUCAACAAAGUAAAUGUUGGACCUAAUGAAAUGGACCCGAGCUGACACCCCAAAGUCCCAGUCUGCCCACGCUUGGCCCUGCUGGUCACAGGUAUAGAGAUGGCAGUCUGUCCGGAUGUGUUGGCCAUACAUGGAGUUGUGGUCAGGAGUGUGUUACUGCUGGUACUAAGCAGUAAUCCUGUGCGGGGGAAUUAUACCAUUCGUGCAAGUGACACUCGUUCUAAUAACACUCAUGAUCCAAACACAGUUGCAGCUAUCGUGGCCCCCGUGGUCACCCUUGGUGUCCUGGCCAUAGUCUCAGCUGUUCUCGGCUGGAUGUUCUGCGUGGUGAAAAAGAAGAGGCAGACUGAGGGGACGUACAGACCCAGCGCUGAGGAACAGUCUGGUGCACGCAGCGUCGCCACGCCAGAUGCGCUAAAGCUACCAAAGGAGGAAAGACUCAUUUGAGAUUUUGUGCUUGCAUGGCGGCAUUCCCAUGUGACGAUGCUCAUUACCUUGAGCUGAUCAUUCAAAGAAAAAUAUCUCCAGGUUUAAGACACAACAGACUGACAAGUUUGAGGCAUCGUAACAUGAUGCAUUCACUUCUUUUCAUUUCAACAAGCACUGAAUCUAGCCUGCGUGGCACCAUGAGGAAAAGCACCUGGAUGAAUGGAUCUUCCAAUGGAUUUUAAGAACAAUUAAACAUUUCAAGGUGGUUUCGAACAUUUCUUAUGCACAAAUGAAACAGGAGCUGCAGUAUUUCAUCACCACCAAUCAUUUUAGUUUUGACAUGUUUUCCUUUGUCGUCUGCCUUAAUACUGUAUAUCAUACAUGUGCUUGAUUUGAUUCUGUCUAUGAUGAAAAACUUUCACUGGCAAAAUUUACACUGAUCUUUUACCUCAAACUCAUUUUCACUCCUCAUUAGUUCAUUGCAUUAAACUGAGAUAGAUGUUUGCUUUAGUCUUAUUAUUAGUGUAAUUCAACAUCUUAUCGCAGUGCAAAAGCUCUUGAUUGUAGAAAUAUUGCUGCACGAAUAAGUAUAUUGAGCAAAAGCAAGCAACUGUUUACACUUGAAGUAUUCUUUUAGUAAUCAUUUUAAUUUAAAGUGACACAUAUUUAAAACUUUUCAAUUCAAUAGAUCAACCAUGCAGUGCAUAUCACAUGGUAACCACACAAACAUGUUUUACAGUCACUGCAUGUUUAUUUACACUUUUAUCAAGUAAAUAAACAAUUUGUAAAACAGUUGAGUAAUUAAACUUCACAAAAUAUA